UUUUAUUUAACCAAAAAUUGUGGAAUCUCUGCAACGUAUCCAUGGAUUCAUUAAAAUAUAUUUUACACGACUAUUGGGUCGAAGAGACGGACCCCCAAAUCGUUGUCUACCCGCUAAUGAGUGGCGGACCCGAAAUAAUAAUGACAAUUAUGUUGUUAUGGCUAUUAUUUGUCACAAAAUUGGGACCAAAUCUCAUGAAACAUAGAAAUCCGUUUGUUUUGCGCGAAAUAAUAAUGAUUUAUAACUUUAUAUUAGUCGUAAUCAACGCAUACUUUGUUUACGCGUCCGUCAAAUGGUUAGACUACGGCCGCAAGUCAUGGCUAACUAGACUCCCGGCCCGUAACCAGUGGUCGGACAAAGCGAUCGGUGAAUUACCAGAGAAAGCGUUCUACGCCUACACUAAACUCUUUGAUUUAUUCGAUACCGUAUUCUUUGUGUUGCGAAAAAAGUCAAACCAAGUCUCCUUUCUUCACGUUUACCAUCAUUUUAUGGUUCCUGUAUUGGGAUAUAUGACAGCAAAACUGUGUCCACAAACCGUAGCCGUAGAAGUGUUUUGUUUGCUUAACUCUAUUGUACACACAGUUAUGUAUAGCUAUUACCUGUUGUCGGCAUUUGGACCCCAAAUACAGCCCUAUUUAUGGUGGAAGAGAUAUAUCACACGAUUGCAGUUAAUACAGUUCGCCAUAUUAAGUAUACCUAUUAUAAUUAGUUUAUAUAAUGGCCAUGCAACCGAUUAUCCCAUAGCAAUCGUAUGGGUGGGUACUCAACGACAGCUCAUUCACGACAACACUUGUGCCCGAACUCAAUGGCAAAGCAGUUAUGACUUCAUAGUCGUGGGCGCCGGGGCUGCCGGUGCUGUAGUGGCCAAUCAACUCAGUCUCAGCCAAUCAGUGCGGGUCCUGUUGUUAGAAGCCGGGGGACCACAGAGUGCUGUAUAUAAUGACAUUCCGGGAAUGUUAAGAAAUUUAUUAAAAGAUGAUGUUAAUGAAUGGUUGUAUUAUAAUGAACCAAACAAUAAUUAUGGUAAACAAUACGCCGGGGGUCGGGUUCCUGAACCUCGAGGUAAAACACUGGGUGGGAGUUCAGCUCAUAAUAACAUGGCCUUCAAUCGGGGUAAUCGUCGCGGGUAUGACGAGUGGGCCAACACUUACGGCGCCGUCGGUUGGAGUUAUAGGGAUGUGUUGCCGGUGUUCAGGGAGUGGGAGAACAAUACGGAUCGACGUAUUGUAUACAAUGAACCCGAAUAUCACGGAACUCACGGACCCAUACAAAUAACUACACCAACAAAUCCGGAUAAAAUUUUUCAAGUGUUUUAUAAAGCAUUUGAAGAUUUGGGAUAUAAAGAGACGGAUAUCAAUGGCCCGAAUCAGACCGGGUAUGCGUUGUGGCAGUCAUUUGUUAACUCAUCCGGUUUGAGGGCGGGUACGGGUACUGUGUUUGUAGACCCAAACCCACGUCCGGAUAAUCUACAUAUAAUAUGUAAAGCAUUGGUCACUAAAAUAAUGUUCAAUGGGUUGACAGCCAUUGGCGUCGAGUUUAUAGUGAAUGACAUCUCGUAUACGGUUUACGCCAACAGAGAAGUCAUUGUUUCCGGCGGUGCCAUAAAUAGUCCUCAAUUAUUGAUGCUCUCAGGCGUGGGUCCGAAAAGUCACUUAAAUAACUUUAAUAUAACACUUGUGUUGGACUUACCGGUCGGACAACAUUUUGUCAAUCAUGCGGUCGUUAGUAUACUAUUGGAUGUAAAGCAACAAUAUCUACAUCUACUCAACGAAUCGCCACAAAUCAAUGUUAAGCAAUUGAGCCAAUUAUAUGCCAAUUACCAUGAGGUAGAAUGGCCAAAUGCCAUGUUAUUUUAUUACGCUACAAACACUACUCUACACGGAGCUAUUUCCUUAACGAGACUCAAAAGUGAGGGCACUAUUAGAUUACAGUCAACUGAUCCCCGAUUACCACCACUAAUAGACCCGAAUUGGUUAUCACAUCCAAUAGAUUAUGACAACACUAUUAAUGCCUUGAGUUUCUUAUUUUAUAUACUCGAGCGGACACAAGUAGCUCAUUAUAUACAGCCAUUGCCCCCAUUCUCGGCCAUCGGGUGUCCCGACUGUCCGGACAAACAGUAUUUAUAUGAAUGUGUGAAUGGAUUGAAGUGUUAUAUUAAAUACAAUACAUUAUCGUUUUGGCAUCCGGCGGGCAGUUGUCGUAUGGGAGCGAUAGAGAGGCCGGACGUUGUGGUCGACCCCCAGUUGAGGGUUAAGGGGGCCAACAAUCUAAGGGUUUGCGACGCCUCUGUGUUUCCGGUUAUACCCAACGCCAACACCGCCUCCGCCUCUAUAUUAGUGGGCUAUAAAUGUGCCAAAAAUAUCAAACAGUUUUAUAAUUUA